AUGCUACCCGUCUCUCGACAGGAGGGUCACAUGAACCUCAAUUAUAUCCCAACGACCCAACCGAUGUCUGGGACUUCUACGGGGCGCAGUUCCCCUAGCGACUUGUCCGCAUCUGCCGCUGUCAAAUCUGCAUUUGGACCUGCCAAUGGUCUUGGAAACGCAGGGGGAUCAAUUGGAGGCGCAAGGCUAGGGGCUGGAUCCCCUUCUCACGAGCUUGGCGCUCGCUUAUAUUCGAAACGUGCGCGAGAAAUCCAAGCGGAAGAAGGCGUUUCGCCGAGUAUCUGGGGCCCCCCUACUAGUGGCCACUCGACCCCGUUGCGCGAAAAUAUUCCCGAGUCUCCUAGCCAGGAAGGGUUUCCUGACUUGAUACCUACGACUACCGGAUCGAUUAAUGGUCCCGUCAGACGUGCCAGGGCUGGCACAGUUCCUUCGCGUUUUUCGCCUGUUGGCGUUUUGAACGAGGCGAACCUUCAACAGACCUUCAUAUCUCAGACCUCUCGGCCUACACCAUCCACGAGCCCCUUCCGUCCUCCUGGCGUUUCUGGCAUCGACACAGGCGCAAGGGCAGCAACUACUGCCGGUCCAAGCAACGCGGGCACCCUCUCGCGUCUCCGGGCUGGUUCAAUGCCACAGAGGACAAAUUACCUUGCAUCAUCCAGUCCUUUCGGGCCUUCUUUGUUUUCCACGAACUGGUCGAGUGCGCGAGAUCGAGCGACGACUCUGACGAGUAUCCGGUCUUCAGAGGGGCCUGCAUCACCCAGCCAAUCCUCAUUUUCGAGAGACGGUCUUGCGGAUACAGAUGUAAAGACUUUGGACUACUUGGGACUCGCGGAGACCCCCCAACAAGCACGAGCCAACCUUGUAAGACCAUCUGUCGAUGUUCUCUUGCAGCAACAAGAGCAACAGCAGGCAUCUGCGUUGCCGCCACUGCUUGCUGAACUGGCGAUGAUGAAAAAUAACAACCGGUUCCGGUCUUAUUCUGUCAAUGCCAAGGAGAAAUACGCAGACGAUGAGGAUCUUGAGUAUGCCACUCGCUAUUCUCAAAUUCCUUCUGGCACCGUCACCCCUUCUGCCGCAGCGACAGCCGCUCAACUGGCUGCGACGCAGGCCCAGAUCCAUCAACAUAAUCUUGCUGUGCAAGCAUUCGCCAAUCAUGCUUCGGUCAACCGACCGCGAGCAAGAACGGCCGGUGUGUUAGAAGCUCCUCCGCAGAGAUCUUCAAUUCGCAACUAUCUUGCUACUCCGUCUCGCCUCGAAAACAGCUUCAGUGCUGCGGAUCUUCAUAUUGCCGAAACCGGUGAAUACGAUGAACUAUCCGAAGCCGUGCAUAUGAUGAACCUCGGAGGUAAUGGUGGCCAAAACCUGGGUCUUCGCGCGAGCGGAGAGGCUGCUGACGAAAGCAACCAAGAUGGGCCCACGCGAGCCUUAUGGAUUGGCAGUAUUCCAGUCUCCACGACUGUCACCUCGCUCGAGGCGAUCUUUGGCAUGUAUGGCAAGAUUGAGUCUACCCGUGUUUUGACGCACAAGAACUGCGGCUUUGUCAACUUUGAGCGCCUGGAAAGUGCCGUGCAAGCCAAAUCGUUGCUUAAUGGCAAGGAGAUCUUCCCAGGGGCAGGUCCCGUUCGGAUCGGCUAUGCCAAAGUCCCCGGCAGCUCCGCAUCUGGCACCCCUGGGCCUAACGGCGUGCAGUCUUCCCCCACUCCUGACCCGAAUUUCAAGUCUGGUGUUUCCGAAGGCCAGGACAAGUCUGACGCUGUGGGCACGUCUGCGCCCCAAAUUCCUGCCCUACCCGACCUUCAACCGGAAAUGAUCCAGAUUGUCAAGGAAUUUGGCGCCACCGAUGAUGAUACACUCAAUAUCACUGCGGCUAUUCAGCGAGCCAUCGCAUAUCAAGCCUUCGAAGACGAGAUCCCUCCUAUUCCUGAACCCAGCCAGACCAGGAUGUUCGAUGCUCCACGUCUUCGAGACAUCCGCAAGAGGAUAGACAACGGCGCUUGUUCAAUUCAGGAGAUUGAGGAAACUGCAGUCUCAAUGCUUCCAGAGAUUGCGGAACUGUCCUCCGAUUAUCUGGGCAACACUGUCGUUCAGAAACUCUUCGAGUAUUGCUCAGAGCAGACUAAAGAACAGAUGCUCGUUCCCAUUGUGCCCCAUUUUGCUGAGAUAGGUGUUCACAAGAACGGUACCUGGGCCGCUCAGAAGAUCAUCGAUGUCGCCAAGACCCCCACACAGAUGAAGAUGAUUGUUGAUGCUCUUCGUCCCUACACUGUGCCGCUUUUCCUUGACCAAUACGGCAAUUACGUCUUACAAUGCUGCCUACGUUUCGGCGCUCCAUUCAAUGACUUCAUUUUCGAGACCAUGCUAAGCCGUAUGUGGGAAAUUGCUCAGGGACGCUUCGGCGCUCGAGCCAUGCGAGCCUGUCUCGAGAGCCACCACGCCUCAAAAGAACAGCAACGGAUGCUUGCGGCUGCCAUCGCCCUUCACAGCGUACAGCUCGCGACAAAUGCAAACGGCGCCUUGUUACUAACUUGGUUCUUGGACACCUGCACAUUCCCUCGUCGCCGUACGGUACUCGCCCCACGACUUGUUCCUCAUCUGGUCCAUUUGUGCACUCACAAGGUCGCUUACCUGACCGUGCUCAAAGUGAUUAAUCAGCGCAACGAGCCCGAGGCUCGCGAGAUUGUUUUAAGGGCGCUAUUCUUCAGCCCCGGGGACGAGGUCUUGGAGAAGAUCUUGAGUGACCAGACCUCUGGGGCCACACUGAUCUUCAAAGUCUUGACCACGCCUUUCUUCGACGAGUCAAUGCGCGCAGAAGUCGUGAAGAAUGUGGCAAAGGUGCUCACAAAAUUGAAGGCAACUCCCAACCAAGGCUACAAGCGCCUCAUGGAUGAGGUUGGACUAUCUUCACGUGGAGGCGCUAGGGACAAUCAUCACGGGCGAGAACAUUCGGGUCAUUCUGAGAAUAAGCAGCAUCGUCCCACUUCUCGGCAAGCACAAUCGACCAUGGAUAGGCAGUAUAACGGACAGUUCGCACCCGGCCUUCUUGCUCAAAACAUGGACAACACAAGGUCCAUUUCUGAGCAGCAACCAGGCGCUGCGCCAUUCGACCCUUAUUCGAUCAAUGCUGUCAAUGGCAUGAGCCCCACAGGUGCGGUCAACUCUCUUAACGGACUUGCUGGAAUGAAUGGUGCUGGGUUUGUCCAGGAUCCCCUGCUGCCCCUCACUCAGCAACAGCUGCAAUAUCAAGCUUACCUAGCCGCCCAAUCCCGGGGCGUCUCGCCCGCUGGUCUUUAUCCUACUCUGGGUAACCCCAGCUUUGGCUACCCAGCCGGAACACCGUCCUUGGACAGUCUUCGACAGUCUGCUCCUAUGCCUGGAACACCCGCUCAAUUACUGAACCAGCAAGCCUUUGCUCCUCAGCAGUUCAGCCCUGUCAUGGGCACGCCCCAGAUGUAUCAGUAUCCUCCUCAAUUCUAUUCGCAAACACCUCAGGCCCCUGGACAGUCGGCUGGGGGACGUCGCGGACGUCGUUGA